AUGCGGCCUAUCAAUCCCCUAGUGCAGACGAAAGAGUCCACGCCCCCUCCUCUCGGUCAUCUUGUCGAGGCCAUCAACCUCAAGGAACUCAAGAACACUGGUGAAGAAGGCGACAAUCAUGGAAUCACUGAGACCGAGCUGAUCGCCUCAUACAACUGGGCCGAUCAGAAAGCCCCAAAGAUCAUUGUUCCUGGACGCCCUCGUCUCUGGAAGCCCUUGGAAAAGCCUCGACAGCUUGAGGAAGACAAUGGCGUGUACUACCGCGACAACAACUCAGCCUUCUUCCCAAAGCAUCCCCUCGAGCCGGCUAUUGUCUCCGUAAUGAAAAUGCAUCCGCAGUCACUGGACAUUGACAUUGUCGGAUGCAACAGCACCAUUGGCAAUCUACUGCGGUUUGUUCAAGGAACAGAGCGUUCGUUCCGCAUGCUCGUGGAAGUGGUGGGCAAGACGGUUCAUCUCAUUCGAAGGGAGAACUCGCCAAAGGAGCAGAUAUUGGGAGUCAGAGGCUUUGGACACGCUUUCCCGGAGGCUUACACCACUUGGACUCCUGAUGUCCGGCCAUCAAAGUCUCAUCACAGGAUUCUCAAACUCCGGUUCGGAGGACUUGACUUGCUAGUGAGGCACAGUGCUGAUGGGUAUAUCGAAGACGAAGACGAGAAAACCUCGUCAGGUGGAGAGACCCCUGCUGCCAAAAACGAGGAUCUCACCAAUCUGCUUGAGGGUCUCUCCAUUGGCCCAGCGUCUGAUUCAUCGGCUGAUUCGGAAGACCUUGAAGUGGUAGAGGGUGGUAAAAUCACGCCCCAAGAGGCCAUUUUCGACCUCAAGACCCGCUCAAUCAAGGCCAUCGGCAAAGACACCCUUGGCGAAGAGUUGCCGCGGCUGUGGUUGGCUCGGAUUACCAAGUUCAUCCUCGCCCACCACACACGAGGCAAGUUUGACAAUGUCGAAGUCGCCGAUGUACAUGAUGAGGUCAAAGAGUGGGAGAAGUCACAUCAAGAAGAUCUUGGCCGUCUGAGUGCUCUUUUGCACCGGAUUCAAGCUAUAGCCUUGGAGAACGAGGACACCUUGUUGGAGAUUGUGAGGGUGGAUGGAGGACCUCUUGAGGUUCGCAAACGUCUUCCUGAUGCUGGCGUUGCAUUCUCGGAUGAGGUGAAGGAGAAGUGGCUCAAGUGGCUUGGUCAUGAAGCUGAAGAGCCUCACAAAGACAGUGACAGCGAGGGUGACAGUGACAGCGGAGAGGUCGAUUUGACUGCAUGUGAUGCAGAGUGUGGAUAUUGCGGCAAAUGCAGUUACUGGAUCUAUCAGACGAAUCAUUGA